AUGCAACAGCUCCAGAGCUCUUGGGGUCUUACGUGCCGAACCGGGCCACAAGCCAAUGAUGGCCUAGGCCCAAGUCUAGGCGUUGUUGGUCUGAAUGAGGUCAUCCCCUAUCGCAUUGAAAACGGAUACUGUGGUUCCAAGGAACUGCUGCAGAACAUCAUCCUUCCUCUGGCGGAAGCAGCUGCGAACAACUGCAAGCUGAAGUGCCAGGCUGGGAUGGGCUCAGGGGCCUUGGGACUUAGGGUCGGCUUUGGGCUGAGGGCUUUGGGACGCUGUCCGGUCCAGGCCUUCCUGGACGGCGAGCCCAAGGACGGCGCCGUGCGGAGGCUCUACGGCGCCAUGAUCAUGCUGAACCGGGACCCUGCGAAAGCCCUGAAAGAGGCCCUCGAGCUCCGAGGCUUCAGCAACUGCACGGUCUCCGACCUGAAGCUGUGGCCCUCCCGGGUCUGCGUGGUCAUCAACUGGAGCAACACGUGGAAGCUGCAGAGUUUAGACAAGAGUAAGAUCCCCGCCUGUGUCUGCGGCACUGUCCCAUUGUCCUGGGUCCUCGCCCUUGCAAUGGCGAAGCGUGGGAAAUCCGGUGGCGCCGGCGUGAGCCUCAUGAACCAGAGCAAAAAGCUGAAACACAAGAAGAAGAACAGGAGUGCCCGAUACCAAGAGAAGCAAGCAGCUUCCCGGAAGGAAGGCGCAGCCAAGGCGAAAGCAAAGCCGACCAAAACGGGGCCAAAGAAGUCACCCAAGACCAAGCCCGGGGUCCAAAAGCUCGCCCAAAGCCUCGCCGAAGGCCUCGCCGAAGGCACUGCGAAGCUGCGGCCUCGCAACAGUGCCGACGCGGACGCGCCCUCGGCACCUUACUACGUCUCUUCCCAGAACAACAACGAGCUGACCGUUGGCUGGACUUUCUCAGGAUCGGACGGCGGCUCGUCGAUCACAACCUGGAACAUCUACUACGCCCUUGGCUUUGCGGCUUCGAACUGGCCUGCAGCCAGCUCGCCAGAUGCGACGACCACCGUGGGCACGGAGCAGGUUGUGGUGGAUUGCACCAGCAUCAGCGGCCAAGAUCGGUCGCAGAACUUCGUGUACAUCCGGGUUGCAGCAGUGACCGGCGUGGGCGUUGGCCAGUACUCUCCCAUCAGCCGCCUGUUCUGCGCAGACAAGCCCGCGGCCCCGACCGUGACCAACGGCUACUCUGGCUCCUCGAACGCGGUGACAGUGAACUUUGCAGAGGGUUCGCUGAAUGGUGCUGAGCUCUUGGCCUUCAAGAUCUACAUGGACGACGGUCUCGGCGGUGCCGUGGCCCUGCGUGACACGGUUGCGGACACGUCUUCUCGGUCCUACACCGCAACUGGUCUGACUGCGAAUUCCGUGUACGUCGUGCAGGUCAGCGUGGUGACCACCACCGCAGAGUCGGAUCUCUCGACAGCUUUGACACUGCGCUCUUGCCCGCUGCCGGACACCCCCAGUGCGCCCUCCCGAAAAGCUUCCACCGCAACCACGAUCACGCUCGAGUGGACGGCGCCGGCGGACAAUGGCUGCCCAAUCACAGGGUAUCGUGUCUACAUCGACACGAACCUGGAUGGCACGUCAGACGGUGAGAUCUAUCCAGGAGUUGGCGAUGACACGGAUCCUUUGGACACAAAUCUGGUUGCAAACGUGGUGGAGUACCAACACACAGGCCUCUCAUCUGGGACGCUGUACGCCUUCCGGGUGCGUGCCUACAACAGCGGCGGGUUCGUCGAGAGCAAUUGGGUCUCCAUCAAGGCAGCGGGAGAGCCUGCUCAAAUGUCACCACCGACUCAGGAUGCAAGCACCGGCAGUGCCACCAGCAUAGUCCUGGUCUACAGCGUUCCCAGCAUGGAAGGCGGCAAUGCAGUUGGCUUCAAGGUCUACCGCAACAACGGCGGCGCCACGGCCAUGAAUGGCUCACCGGAUUCGACCUGCAACAGGGACACGGUUCCUGCACCGCAGACCUGCACACUGACUGGCCUGAACUCCGGGGACACGUAUGCCGUGCAGAUGCUGGCCAUCAACGACGUUGGGGAAGGAGCGCUCUCGACGGUUGCCACCCUCUUCGCUGCCGCGAUCCCUGCGCAGAUCACAGACCUCGUGAACUCGGCGGGCGCACUCACGCCAUCCCUCAGCUUCACCUGGACGGCCCCAUCGGAUAACGGGGCGUUCAUCUACAACUACUUGGGUGAGAUGAGGGACGUCGCUGCCGGCACGACACAGGCCUGGGACGCCGGGGGCACCAGCGGCUCGCCCCAGACAUCGACCACUUGGACACUCACGGGCUUGAACUUGGCAGCGACGAAGCAGUUCCAGUUCCGCGUGCGGGCUGUCAACAAGAUGGGCAGCGGCACCUGGUCCAGUUGGUCGUCGCUCACGGACCCUCCACGUGGCUACUGCUUGAAUGCCCCCAACACGCCUGCGAACUUCGGAAGGCAUUCGGGUGUCACGGCCGUCAGUGGUGAGAUCUCCGUCAGCUGGGAUCCUUUGCUGACGGAUGCUGAAGCUGGAGGAGACAAUGUGGACAACAUCAUCUACGAGGUUUAUGCAGGAACCUCAACUGGAAGCAUGGCGAAGCAGACGACAGUGAACGACUACGACACGAACUUUACUCUGGCAGUGUCGGCAGGCACCACUUACUACUUCCAAGUUCGUGCCGUUAACGUGGCUGGCGUCGGCUCUUCGUGGGCCGGGCCGAUCGAGCUGGUCAGCGCGGAGGUUCCUGGCGAGCCGACGCUGCUCUCUUGCACCAGCACGGUGUCGGAACAGGUCGACAUCUCCUGGACGCCCAACGCAUUCAACGGCAACUCCAUGGUCACUCAUUACAUCGUCAGCGAAGACAACUUCACCAACUCCACAGAGCAGAUGGCGCAGGUCAGCAACACCAUUACCACAUACAGCUUCACGGGUCAAGACCCAAGUGGCCCUAUUCACUAUGGCGUCCGAUCGGUCAAUUCCGUCGGCGAAAGCUCCGAAGCGAUGUGUACUGUGACACCCAUCGCAUAG